GACGGGGGUGGGGGGGGCGGUGAUGGAAUCACUAGGCACCGGCCGACUGGCGCUCACUCCUCUGCCUCCAGGCACUGCAACGUGGUGAUUCUGACCACUUCCAACAUCACGGAGAGGAUCGACGUGGCCUUCGUGGACAGGGCUGACAUCAGGCAGUACAUCGGACCGCCCUCUGCAGCAGCCAUCUUCAAAAUCUACCUCUCCUGUCUGGAAGAACUGAUGAAGCGUCAGAUCAUAUACCCUCGCCAGCAGCUGCUGACCCUCCGGGAGCUGGAGAUGAUUGGCUUCAUUGAAAACAACGUGUCAAGGUUGAGUCUCCUUUUGAGUGAAAUUUCAAGGAAGAGCGAGGGUCUCAGCGGCCGCGUCCUGAGAAAGCUCCCUUUUCUGGCUCAUGCGCUGUAUGUCCAGGCCCCCACUGUCACCAUCGAGGGCUUCCUUCGAGCCCUGUCUCUGGCAGUGGACAAGCAGUUCGAAGAGAAGAAGCAGCUCUCGUCUUGCGUCUGAUCCGGACCCCACCGUGAUCGUGGGCACAGUCGGCAGGUGACGUCGCUGCCCAGAAGUCUCCGAACGCUCUGCCCGGGCCGGAAGCCCACGAGGCUGAGUGGUGUUCAAAGCAGUGUGUCGUAUGUGACGUGUUUUUAAGACGAAUCGGCCUGUCAUUUUCACUGUUUCAAAAGAUGAUUCAAGUUCUGCUCUCUAGGUGUGCUCACUCCAUCCUGCCUCUAGACAGAUGCAAAAUGCUGACAAAAUUGGUUUAAAAUAGGCCAUGAACACAGGCUUUAAGAAGCAAAAGAAAAAACUACAUUGUCUUAAAUAAGAAUGUAAUCCCAGUGUUAAAAACAUCUGGGUCACUGAAAUAUGAGGUGGCCUUUGCUCUCUGACCUGAGCCUCUUUUAUUUGGUGCAAACGGUUCAGAGACUAAUGAGUAAAAAGAGAAAACCUAUUCUUAUGUUCUAGAAAUGGAGAAAACAAUUCAGGAAGAGUGGGCUUCGCACAAAGGUGCUAUUUGUGAGAAAGGUGCAGUUUGGGGAUCGGGUGAGUGUGUGCCACGCAGCUCGGCCCCAGGACAGGCGGCGUCGCGCGGUUUCCUGCCCGUCGUUUUGCAGUAGCGUUGCGGCUGCGCGCGGUGGCACGUCACCCGCUACGGCAAGCUGGCCGGAACUUGGCGCACCUCACAGGAUGUGCUUUGCGCUUACCUGACGCUCAAAUCGAUUUCACGCUCAUGUUUUGUACACGUUUUGAAGACCACGUUGGCUUUUGUUACAGAGCUUUUUAAGUAUUAAAGCGUAUUCCACCAGAA